UCGAGCCAGAGUGGGAUGAGGAGCUACGCAGAUCGCUGUCCUGUUCUGUCUCAAUAACGUCGACUGCAGAACUGAGAACACGAUCAUUUACAGGCUGCAUCGUCAAGAUGCAUAUCGAGGACGAAUCAGACCGGCGUUGGUGAUGAAAUAGUCCCCAGACUCAGUCCUCUCUACGUUCAGCACAAUGAGCUGUUCAUUUCCAGCGCCCGCGGGGGAUUUGAUAGAGCAAUGGUGCGCCAGUCCCGGACUCAUGGUUUAAUCUUAAUUUGGCAUCCGUCGUAAACACAAGAUGAACAGCAUACGGUACAAAGCAGCGACUGUCAGGUGGUGGAGCUAUUCUGAAGCGCGCUGUGACCACGCACGUAUGUGCCGCGUGCGGAUACUGCUGCUGGGCUUGUGCGUGCUGGUGGCGAUUACAUUAACACUGGCAGUAUCACUGUCUAAACACCAAACGGUAGAUUAUGAUUUUCCUCCCAAACCUCCCGACCUAUUCAAAGACAAGCUGAAUCACCAGCCAGGUAAACCCACUGUUGCCCAAGUAAAGCGGCUUGUCUCGCAGGUGAAUCGGGAAAGACUGUGGUAUUCCCAUCUGCGACCUAUUCUCACUGAACGCCAGCCAGGAAGUCGUGGGAGUCAGGCUGUUCGAAAACACAUCUUUUCUAAACUGGAUUCUCUUUCGGCGGGCUGGUCUGUAGAAGUGGAUUCCUUCAUCUCCGAAACCCCUCAUGGCCCUGUUAGCUUCUCUAAUGUCCUGGCCGUGUUAGACCCAAUGGCUCCUCGCCGAUUGCUUCUGGCUUGUCACUAUGACUCCAAAUUCAUACCUUCAGAUCCUAGUGACCCACAGAAGGUGUUUGUGGGUGCCAGUGAUUCAGCUGUGCCUUGUGCUAUGAUGCUGGAACUGGUCACAGCUUUGGAUCCACACCUCAAAAAGCACAAGCAGCUGGUUUCCAGGGUGACAUUGCAGUUGGUCUUCUUUGAUGGAGGAGAAGCUUUUGAGCAGUGGUCUCAGACAGACUCACUAUAUGGUUCACGGCACCUCGCAGACUCCAUGUCCCGCAUUCCUCACCCGCCGGGUUCUGAACAAUCCACACUGCUGAAUGCUGUGGAUCUACUUGUUCUUUUGGACCUUAUUGGUGCACCUGAUCCCAUGUUUGUGAAUCACUUUGAGAACACAGCUCGCUGGUUUGACCGCCUUAUCGCUGCUGAGAAGAGACUUCAUAAUUUGGGGCUCCUGUCUUCCCAUCCCAAAGAGCAAACUUAUUUCAUGAAGGAUAUUAAUAUGGGGCCAGUUGAAGAUGAUCAUAUUCCUUUCCUUCAGAGAGGAGUUCCAGUGCUGCACAUAAUCGCUACGCCAUUCCCUUCCUUUCUGCACACGUUGGAUGACACAGCAGACAAGGUUCACAGUCACACUGUGGAGAAUCUCACCAAAGUCCUUGUGGUAUUCCUGGCUGAAUAUCUGCGGCUCUAGGAUGCUAUAAUAUUACAUCCAAUCACAUCCGUCGUGGAUUGGUCUAUACCUCAGCUGCACUGCUUUAGGAUAUCUGAUAUCAGUGACUGUUCUCAGAGAUGCAGAAAGUACUGUAUGUUCUCAGGCUGCCAUCCUUUAUCCUGACAUACGCUUACCUUUUGACUUUCUGACAUGUUAGUCAAUCGGUAUGGUGCCUUCAGAUAGUUUUGUUAUCUAGUAAUGCACUGUAUAGACAAAAUAUAAUAUUAUUAUCUGUGCCAAAAAAGUUUACAUAAGCUUAUUCAUCUAUUCAAUAACUGCAAUAAAAUCAAUAGAAUGCAAAGUAGAUACUUCAAGCUCAGGAAUGGAUGUGAACCUGAUGCUAUAUAAGAGAUUAUUAAACUAUGCACUACAAUGAAGCUCUAUAAAAUGCUCACAAUAAUUUAAUCUCACAAUAAUUUUCUCAAAUGAGCAGUCUGUAAUCUCUAGUAGCUUAACGUACAAUCAUACGUUAGUCUAGACCAGGGAUCCUCAAAUCUGGCCCACGAGAUCCACUUUCCUACAGAGUUUAGCGCUAACCCUAAUCGAACACACCUGAGUAAGCUAAUCAAUGUCUUCAGGAUCAUUAGAAAAUCACAGGUAGCUGAGUUUGAUCAGGGUUGGAGCUAAACUCUGCAGCGCAUUGGCCCUCCAGGGCAAGAUUUAAGGAACCCUGGUCUAGAUCGUGUAAUUUUCAGAGAUCGAAACUCACACUUAAGUGGCAAAAAAUUCUGACUUGAGACUUCACCAGACUGAUAUGAUAUGGACGGCUUUUAUUGUCUAAAUAAAGGAGGAACAUUGAGGCUUGUCGGCCUUGUCUUGUGUGUUGCUAUACAGCCUGGCCACUAGGUGACAGUGUAUCAGGCGCUUACAGCGUUUCAUGGCGUCUGCACCAGUUAGGACACACACAGGACAGGUCAGAGGUCAUAUCGGGAACUUACAGUUUAUACAUGACUCUGCUGUCAUUGUGAAGACAUUUUUGACUUGGAAUAAAUAAUAAACAGCUAUGAUGAGUCUGGGUGUUAUAACAGUUACCAAUGACAUCUCGCGCUGAUGAGGUAAGGU